CCACCUUGUUCGUUCCCGUCUCCUCCAGCUCGUCGCCGGAGCCCGGCAAAGCCUGGGCCCUCUGCGAGGGCUUCAAAUGGCCCUCUGCCCCGUUCUUUCUUCCUCCUAGUGUCGCGCCGUCAUGCAGAUCCAGCCCUGUAGUGAUCCUCAUCUUCACCUCGGCAGCAUGAAGGUCAAGCUCGAGAUCCCUGCUAAGACGGCCAUGGAGCCGUCGCGGUCCCUGCCGCGGAGCGCGAGCGAGCUCGCCGACCCGCCGUCGCCGUUCAGCUCCAACCCCGCUCACCACCCCGUCUCCAUGCCCACCACGCCCGCCGGGGCGUCGUCGUCGGCGUCGGCGUCCUUCGGCUGCAUCGCGGCCAGGCCCGCCACCGACUCGCCGCCGUCCACGCCCAGCAGGGCGAGGUCGUCCAAGCCCACCACGCCGGCGGCGGCCGCGGCGGCAUACUACGCGUCGCUGUGGUCGCCCAGGAGGCUCAUGCAGCGCGCCGCCCGCGCGUUCCGCAGCAGCAGGUCGCGCCGCGUGAGGGCGGACAAGGACGCCGGCGAGGAGCGGGCUUCCUCGCCCACCAGCAGGGUCUCCGACGAGGCCAGAGCCGCGUCCGUCGUAGGUGCUGGUGGUGCCACAGAGAUCGCCGGCGGCGAUGGCCACGGCGACGGCGCGGGCAUUGUGCAGCAGCAGCAGGAGGAGGAGGAGCGCCACGACCACCCCGAGGUCGUCCCCGAGAAGAUCAUACACGAGAUGAACCAUCACGCGCCGCCGGUCUUCGUGACGGAAGAAGAUGGUGAGUGCGGGGCGAAGACGACGCCGGCGGAGGAGAAGGAGACAACCCCUGCCGCCGCCGCCGCCACCGUCGAGGAGGAUGUGGAGUCCCCCAAGAAAGGAGCGGCGCUGAUGACUCUAGAGCCUGCACCGGAGGCUGCCGUCACCACCGCCGAGGAGGUGGCGGACAAGUUCGUGACGGUGGUGAAGAAGGCGAUCAGGAAGCACGAGGAGGAGCAGGGCGAGAAGAAGGGGGCGGCGGGGAAGUUCCAGCUGGGCAGCCGGGUGAAGACGGCGAUGGAGGCGCGGCCGGAGUCGGAGCAGCCGCAGCGCCGCGAGGUGGCGCGCAGCAACGACGUGAUCGAGGAGGCGCGCAGCAAGCUGCUGGAGAAGCGCCAGUGCAGCAGGGUCAGGGCGCUCGUCGGCGCCUUCGAGACCGUCAUGGAGGCCGCCGCCGCCGGCACGCCGCGGAACGGCACCCCGCGCCACGGCUCCUGCAAGUCGGCCUAAACGAGACCAACCCCGCAGCGACGAUGACGUGUCUUUGCCUCGAUUAAUUCCGUUUCCCGGUCAGCCGCCGCGUGCACGGCGCUCAUUAAUUAAUCUCUAUUACUGCUACUAAUUAACCCCCACGGUUGAUUUGUGGUCGCACUGCGUAUAGCGUCAUGGAGUUCGUCGUGUCGUGUUAUACGGAGGAGGAGUAUUUUGUAUAAGGAAG